UGUAUGGGGGGAGGGAGGGUCAAUUUGCAACAGUAAAGUGUAUUGCUCGAAAGCAAAAAAUUGAAUAUAAAUUCAAAUCAUAUCACCAAUUCUUAGUUCUUUGACUACAGUUAUUCUGUGUCAGAAACCUUUUAUGUGUCAAAUAUUUAAUUACAAUCCAAAUUCAGACCUGUAUCAAGCACGAAUAUUGCGUCCAUUUUUGCCCCAACUGUUCAGGGUUGGACCUCUGCGGUCGUAUCCAGCUGCGCUCGGCGAAGCAAUUUAUUAAAAGAGUUUUGCCCCUUUGAAAUAUUAAUUAUAUGGAAAAUUUCAUUGUUAACGCUCUCAUGUGUACAAUUCUGGCCACAUUUUAUAUGAAACUUACAUCAUAAGUUUAUAUCAGCAAUGUCUUGGACAAGUUCGAAAAAUCAAUACCGAUCAAUUAUUUGUAAAACCUAUGAAAUAUUAAUCAUAUGGAAAAUUUCAUUGUUACUGCUCUCAUGUGUACAAUUCUUGCCACAUUUUAUAUGGAACUUAUAUCAUAAGUUUAUAUCAGCUAUGUCUCAAACAAGUUUGAAAUUCAGUGCCAGUUAAAAAAAUUAAAAGAGUUAUGCCCUUGAAAAUAUUAAUUAUAUGGAAAAUGGCAUUGUAUUUGCUCUCAUGUGUACAAUUUUUGCCAGAUUUUUAUCAAAUUUAUAUCAAAGGUCUAUGUAAGCAAUGUCUCUGAUUAGUAUGGAAAUCAGUGCUGAUCAAAUAUUUUUAAAAGAGUUAUGCCCUUGGAAUAUUAAUUAUAUUGGAAAUUGCAUUGUAAUUGCUCUCAAGCCUUCAUUUCCAUAAGAUAUUUGGAAAAAGUUUUAAAGAGCAAAAAAAAGUGUUUUUUUAUUGCCCUUGGCUAGAUAAAAUAUGUGCAAUGCGGGACAUUGAAAAUCUGUUGUGUUAUUUUUUUUUCUAAAAUCUGCAAGUAUCCAUGGAAGUAUUAAGAAAACAAAAAAAUGUAUUAUUAUUUAAUAGGUGGUCCAUCAUAAACGUCAAUUUUGUUUGUUUGUUUAGUUGUACAAAAUCCAAAAUAAUAUCUCCUAAAUGUUAAAGUAAAGGCACUCUUUUUCUUCAUCAAAUAAAUUCUCAUAACCUGUAACUUGCAAGUAAAUGUAAACUGAUUAAGAACAAAAGAUGUAAAAGAUUUGAUAGAGAGAAUUGAAGUAUGGGCACAGGUUGUGAUAACUAAGUUUCUUCAUGUUUUUGUUAAAAAAAGUGAAAGAUUAAAGAAGAUAAAAAAGUUUGAUGAAAUGCAGAUAAUUUUGUUGUUUGUUGAAAUUGCCUCUUUUUUGGAAAACAACAAUAUAUAUAUUUCAAGGGGAUUCUUGUAAUUAAUUGUUCUUAAUAAAAAUUAGGCGGCUGAUUCAAAAAGUGAAGUGUGUGUAUUGAUAUUACUGAAGAUAACGAGCCUGUCGUGUUUAUACAACUACAGAUGGUGAUGCUGUACUAACUCACAUCAUUGUGUAGGAGAUACUUCUGAUUUUUCUCUUGAUUAUUUUCUGCUUUUGUUAAUUUGGAAAUAUUUUGGGUUAUUUAUUUAUUUGUUUUUGUUUUGUUCUGUUGGAUAUAUUAUCUGCUGAUUGAGAUUACAUUCAUGGAAAAGAAAAGAUUUAAUUUUAAAUUCACUUCCAAGUUGAAAUGGAAUCGGUCAAAAGAAAAGGAAGAAAAGAUCUCAGAGAUAGUAGUUCCAGGACAACCUGAGGACAUAUCCUCUAAAGAAGCUUUAAAAAUUUGGGGCCAGAGAACAGUUGAGGGAUAUCCUGGGGUCAAAAUACGCAACUUCACAAACAGCUGGAGAGAUGGAAAAGCUUUCCUUGCCAUCAUACAUAGAAACAGGCCAGAUUUGAUUGACAUAAGCCGUACAAGACACAAUAACAAUCGGCAAAACUUAGAGCUAGCAUUUGGUACAGCAGAAAGAGAAUUAGCUGUCACAAGACUUCUUGACCCUGAAGAUGUGGAUGUGUCAGAGCCAGAUGAGAAGUCUAUUAUUACUUAUGUGUCCUCACUGUACGAUGUUUUCCCAGAGGUGCCGAGUGUGGAACAAACAUUACGUGAUAAUGAACGUCAAAUAAAACAAGAAGAAUACCGAGAUUUAGCCAGUUCAUUAUGUAUGUGGCUAAAGGAAGCAACCAACAUUAUGAUGGACAAGACAUUUCCAACAACACUGAUAGAAAUGAGAUCUGUGCUAGCAGAAUGCAAAAGAUUUAGAACAGAAGACAUUCCACCAAGACUUGACACCAAACAAAAACUACUACGCAUAUAUGAUGAAAUACAGGGUCUGGGACCAAGCACAGGAGAUAUGGGUAUCCCUGAUGAAUUCCACCCCGAUAAUAUCAACAGACUUUGGAACAGAUUUACAUUUGCCCAACAAGAAAGGGACAGCCUAGUGCAGUCAGAAGUAGUCAGACUUGAAAGGUUACAAAGAUUGGCAGAGAAGCUUCACCGAGACUGUAAAUACCAAGAGGACAAGUUAGACGAGGUUGCAAUUGGAGUGUAUGAAGAACAAGGUCGAGUUGAUGUUGUUCACCCACAUGAAGCCAAACGUAAAUGUGAUGCCCUUGAUGAGGCCCUUCGUAAUAUUGAGGAGAAUGCACGCAGUAUGUUUCGUGAUGUACAAGCCCUCCAAGAUGGAAGGUUUUCUACUGCAGAACAGCUAAGCAGAAGAGUUUCCUCCAUUAAGUCAAGAGUAUCACAGUUAAGAACUCAGCUGUUUGGUGAAGUUGUACAGAAACUUAUAUCUAAGUCCUAUGUCGAGGAGGGAGUGACCGUUACCAGGAGGAGAGAAUAUGUAACAGAAAUUAGACCUACAGAUAUGAACCCAACAUUUAAACAUGUUCAUGAAUGUUUGUCAUGGGUAGAAAAUAAACAGGCAGAGCUCGAGUCAAGAGAAUACGGUACAGAUUUAUCUACCGUAGAAACCCUUUGUAGUUCUCAUCAGUUAGAGCAUCAACAAAUACAAAACUUUCGCAUAGAAAUUGAAAAAUGCAUUUCAGAUGGGAGAAUUUUAUCACCAGAAGAUCAGAACUUAUAUGCAGAAUGGUUAUCUAAAGUCGAAGUGGCUUAUUCUUUAUUAAUAAAAACCUCAACUAGACGUUCCAGAAGCUUGGAUUCUUUAAGAGAAUUCUUACAGACAGCCAUGCAGGAACUGAUCUGGUUGAAUGACAAAGAAGACCAACAAGUUACAAGAGAAAUAAACAUGAAUACAGACCCUCACACCACAGAUGGUGCUUAUAAGAGUUUGAUCCAUGAAUUGGAAUUGAGAGAAGUUCAGUUCAACUCUGUACAGGAGCGAGGAACAGCGCUAGUUCUUGACCGACACCCAGCAGCUGAUACAAUAAAAGCCUACAUGGAGGAGAUGCAGUCACAGUGGUCAUUACUGUUACAAUUAACAUUAUGUUUGGAAUCCCAUGUUAAAUCUAUCACCACCUAUCAUCAGUUCUUUCAAGAGUGUCGACAGUGCGGAUCUGAAAUGACUCAAUGUUCAGAACUUCUUAAUACAAUAUAUGGACAAGAAAAUUUAAGCAUUGAUGAUGCCAAAAGACAAAUAAGUGAUUUACAUAAAAUGCAAGAACAGUUAACAGAAUUUGAUAAACAAAUAGCAAACUUGAUCCAGACUAGUGAUGAAGUUAUUCCAUUAGAAAAAAGAACUGAACAUGUUACCUCUGAAAGUACAGUUCAAUGUUUAUGUACAUACAGACACCAAAAGGAAAUAUUACAGAGAGGACAAGAAUAUGAGUUAUUAGAUACUUCAAGCAGAACCAAGUGGAAGGUUGCAUUGUCAAAUGGUGAUGAGGAAUUGUUGCCAUCUAUAUGUUUUGUCAUUCCCCCGCCAAAUAAAGAUGCCAUAUCACAGGCUGAGAGGCUUCAUGUACAAUUUGAACAUUUACAUAGUUUAUGGAAAAUGAGACAGAGGUCCACUAAACACAACAUGAUAUUGAAUACAGUCAGGGUCAUAAAGAACUGGGAUCUUAAACAGUUUAUGAGUUUAGAGCCAGGAAGGAGGGAGAUGUUUUGGAGAACUGUAAAUGAAGAUGCUGAGAAGUUAAUCACAGAAGUAGGAGAGACCACACAUGAAAUGAGAAAAUUAAGGGGAGAAUUAGCAGAAUGUAACCAAAUCUUUCUAAGUCUUUCAGCAACUGCUCAAGAAGAAGAAUCACAUAAGACAAAAUCUCCUGAUCAGAAGCUUAUCCAUGAAGUUGAUUCAUUUAAUAAACGUUUCAUGGACUGUGAACAGGAGUUGAUGUCGAGACUCCAGGAUCAUCUACCUCGUGACAAACUUGGUCUUCGUCAUAUCGUGGAACAACAAAAGGUAUGGGAGGCCAAUGCUAGCGAGUUAGAGAAUGGAGUUGAUGUCCUGAAAUCUACCUAUGCAAGUCUUCCUCAUAAAUCUCAUAUAGCAGAAUCAAAAUAUCAUGCUGUAGUACAACGUUGGGAUCAAAUAAGAUCUCUCUCACGGGUUUACUUAGAUAGAUUAAAAGCAACAGAUUCUUUAUUAACUGGCAUAGAGCAGAUGAGACAGUUAGUAGCAGACUAUGAGAUAGCUCUGGUGUCACAUGACAACAUGUCAGCUGAUCCGGAUACAUUUAGACAAGUUCAUGAAGAACUCCAAGAUUUAGAUUCAUCUAUACAACAGCAGCAGCCAAAGUUAGAUAGAUUAUCAAAAGAUGUAGAAAAUCUUAGAGUUCUUCUAAAACACUGUCGACCAGGCACAUCUCGUCACAAUGAUCUGGAGACUGUUGAUAAGGAGGUUGAUGGCCUCAGACAACGAUGGGAACACAUCAUAUUACAAAUUGUUGAAAGGAGAAGAGUAUUCGAAUCUUCCUCUAACUUAUUAUCCCUGUAUACCAGUGGUGUAAAGGAUGAACAACAAUGGAUGAAACGCCUACAGAUGAAAAUUAAUCAAUUACCUCCCCUUACAAACAAUAUCGAGGAAGUCCAGCAACAGAUUGAACCAUCUAUGGCAAUAUACAAUGGUCUUGGAGAACACCAGCACCAGUUAGAGUCAGUAAACAAAUAUGGAGGACAAUUUAUCAGAGAGGCUAAGAUUUACGACAGAAGAUUACGUCAGUACAAAACUAGCUUAGAGGACAUUGAUGCUGCCCUUGUAGAAAGUAUGACAAAGAAACAAAAACGAGAGGAUGGAGCAGAGCGAGUGAAAACAGAACUUGACAUAGUGAAUAAACAAUAUAUGGAUAUGGUGAAAUGGAUUAGUCACAGACUGAAGGAAAUUACAAGGAUUUUAUCUGAAUCAAAUGUUAAUUUGAAGUUCCAAAUGGUUAUAGAUGAAGAAAUUCCAUUAUUACGUACAUUCCGUGCAGAACUUGCCAAAAGAUCAUCCAUGUUAGUUGAUGAGGAUAUGGAAGGAUAUUUUCAUCAGUUAUCAGAAUUUGAAGGAUACCCAACACCAAUGACAACCACCAAUGGUUAUGGUGGCAAAUCAUUUGUUAGUAAAGUGACAGCUAUGGUGGAUCGUCCUAUCGGUACCUCUACUCCACGCAUGGAUAAAACUGAAAGUACCAUGGACAGUAUGGAUGUAGAUGAUAGUCCACGAGUUCAAAAAAGAAUGAUAUCACCUCCACUUUUAGCACCUAACCGAUUGUCCAUGAAGGUUGCUAGUAUUACAAGUGUUCAGGCUUUACAUCAGAGUGCUCCACCUGAAGAUCAUAUGUCCAAUACUUCACAAAUAUUAGUGACAGUUAAACAAGAAUGUAUAGCACCAAGUCAAAUGACAUUGUAUGUGUCAGCCAUUCUUAAUCCUCAGACAGGAAGACAAGUUAGUUUAGUGGAUGCUAUUAAAACUGGAUUGUUUGACUCUAGAACAGGGUUUUAUGUAGACCCUUUAACAAGUAGAAGGUUAUCACUACAAGAAGCAUACAGUAAAGGUUAUAUAUCAGAUGGUUUACUGCAGCAGUUGAACUCACCUUGUGGACUUACAGAUCCUGUUACAAAUAGGCAAAUUCCAUUAUUAGAUGCCAUGAAGAAAGGAAUAUUUGAUCCUGUUAAAAUGACUUACAGAGAACCCAACUCGGGCCAGAACAUUCCAUUACAUCAGGCUGUGUCUAAGGGUCUGAUCUCACAACAAACUGCAACAAACCUAGGAGGAGAUGGGGUAACAGUUACCACUAUCACACAGUCCCAAGCUGUGUUUGGUAGUGCUGAUCUAUCAGUACUAGAAUCUGCAUUAGGACUAGCUGAUGCUAUAGAAAAGGGUCUGUUUGACUCAUCAACCGGAAAGAUCAUUGAUCCAUUAUCAGGAAAAAGUAUGACCAUUUUAGAAGCAGUUGAAAAAGGACAUUUGAACCCGUCAAAGAAAGAAAUAAAAGAUCCUGCAUCAGGAGAAUACAUUUCACUAGUGGAAGCUGUGAGUAAAGGUCUGAUUGACCCAGAAUCUGGAUUAUACAUCAAUAGGUCAAAUGGUCAGAAGUUACCCUUAGACCAAGCCUAUCAGAGACAGUUUCUGAGUAAACCACUUUACCUACCGAAGGCGAUUGUAGAAGGAUCGAUAACAGAGAAAGGUCACUUAAUUGAUCCAAACUCAGGUCGUGUGAUUUCAUUUUCUGAUGCACUUGACAAUGGAGUUCUAGAUGACAGUACAAAAUGUGUGAUGAUUCCAUCAUCUGGAGAGGUUUUCUCAAUUAGAGAAGCAAUAGAAAAUGGUAUCCUUGAUUCACGAGGAUUGUUUGUAUCACCUGGUGCAGAACCUGCCCAACCUAUUGCAUCAGCUGUUCAGAAAGGCUACUUAAAAUUGGUCAGUGAGGAAGUCCUUUUAGCAAGACCAUGUGUAAAGGACUCAGUUACAAAUAAAAUGUUGACAGUACCAGAAGCAAUGCGAAAAGGCAUAAUAACAAGCAAUGGAGAUUUUGUUGAUACAAGAACUGGACGGAGAGUACUACUUAGAGCUGCAGCCAGUCAGGGGUUGGUAGAUAAAGAUGUGGUAGAAAAAUUGACACGUGAUACAUCCAUGAAGGAUGCAAGCGGCAAAAAUGUGUCCCUUCUCAAAGCGAUACAGAUUGGAAUGUUAGAUCCAGAACGAGGGGAGAUAACUAAUGCUAGAACAGGAAGAGUAAUGACUCUGAACAUGGCAGCUAAGGAAGGAAUUAUAUCAACAGAUGAUGCUCAGACUGUGCUAGAGGUUCUAAGUCCAGCUAUUACCUAUACCUCUGUUCAAACCAAACUACAACCAGGUAAUGAAGAGGUCAACUUUCGUCCAAUAUCUGUAUCAGAAGCCCUCUCUCAGGGUUUGUUGGUGGAAAGAACCGGAACAUUUCGCGAUCCUCACACAGGGUCAACAAUGCCUGUGGAGGAAGCAAUACAGAAGGGACUUUUACGACUGUCCACAGAAUGGCCGCCAACAUCUCUUCAAGUGGAGAAAGACGAAGAAAGCUCUGAAGAAAUAGAAUUUGAUUCUUUUGAUUCUUUACCAGAGCCAGGAGCUUCCAAAAUUCAAUCCAAGAUAGUUAGGAAAGGAAAUGAGGGCUUCUCCUUCACAUCAACAACAAUUUCGAGACCUGCCAUUGCUGAAUCGGUGGUGAGCCAGACUCGCCAUAUUGAAGUACAAAGCAUCACCGAUCCACGUACGAAGGAGAGGAUAUCUCCACAAGAAGCAGUUAAAAGAGGAAUAUUAGAUCUAUCAAAAGGAUGCUUUAUACACCCACUGACUGGUCAUAAAUUUACUAUUAAUGAAGCCAUAGCCAAAGGUCUUGCCACAGGACGAGAAACAGACAAACCACAUACAUCUGAUACAUCUGUUAAAGAAAUCCGCUCAUUUGCAAUUACUAGUGUCAUUCAUCCAAGAACAAGAGAAAAAAUAUCUGUUACAGAAGCUGUCAAUCAAGGAAUUUUAGAUAGAGAAAGAGGACUGUAUAUGACAUUUGAUCAACAGGGCAGAAGAGUGUCUAUACCUAUCAGUGAAGCUGUUGAUAGUGGAUGGGUUCUGGCUGAGGAUAUUGGCACUAUGCCUGUAGCUACAGGGGACAUUCUCAGAGAGACAAAAACAUUCCAAUUAAAAAGUGUCAAACAUCCAAUUACAGGAAAAUUUGUCCCUGUAAUUGAAGCUGUGAAAGAUGGUAUCUUAGAUGAGGGAAAUGGAUUGUACAUAAAUACAAGAACUGGCGAGAAAUUAUCUGUACCAGAUGCUAUUGAACGAAAACUUAUUGAUGCUGAGCUCACAUCAGUCACUUCUAAUGAUGAAGGGGAUGGAAGCAAAAUGACCACUACAAAAAUGACAACACUUAUGGUAUCAUGGGUUGUACAUCCGAGAACGGGUGAAACCAUAUCUAUACAAAAAGCUGUUGAGGAAGGAAUAAUUGAUAAUGUAAAUGCUCAGUACAUCAACAUUGUGACUGGUGAGAGGAUGUCCAUUAAUGAUGCAAUAGAAAGGAAGUUAGCUAUUGCCACUUCAAACAUAGAAACUGCUCAAGAUCGUCAUGAGAUAUCAAGUAUACACAUUACUGAUGAACAAGAGACAUUUGAAGCUACAUUGGUAGAGGAAAUUACUGCUGAAACAGUUUCUUAUAGUAUCAGCAGUGUUAUUGACCCAAGGACAAUGAACAUGAUCUCAUAUGAUGAUGCCGUCUUGAAUGGCAUAUUGGAUAUAUCAGAAGGACUUUACAUUAACCCAGGUACAGGAGAAACUCUGCCAAUUAACACAGCACUAAACAAAGGCCUGAUCCAUGCUGAUGUCACAGGCAGAUCAAAGGAAGAAGAAUUACUACAUAGUGCUUUCAGUGCUGGAAAUCUGCCAUUCUCAUUAAAGAAUGUCACUUCUGUGAUCAAUCCUAAAACCAGAGAGCAAAUAUCCGCUGUGACAGCUAUAAAGAAUGGUCUGAUUGAUGCUGAAAAUGGAACAUUUCUGGAUACCAGAACAAACAGUAGAAUACCAUUGGAAGAUGCAUUAAAACUAGGCUUCAUUAGUCUAUCAAAAUCAACAGAUGCAGCUGAUAUUGAACGACUACAAAAUAUUUCAAUGGAAGAACCUGUUCCACCUUCUAUGACAGAAAAUGGUAUUGCCCCAUCUGUGGUUGAUAUAAAACUAGAGCGGUCAGGAGCUAGAGAUGAGGACAGGAUGAAAAAUGACAGUUUUGAUGAGGUUCUUAAUUAUACCACAGACGUUGAACAGAGUUAUGAUGGCAUUGAUGGUGAUAAAGGAAGGACACCACAACUUAUAAUGGAAACAACAGAGACAACGAGAACUAGGGGUGAUGUCAAAACUCUUCAAUCAGAAUCUGUAUCAGCACCUUCUGGAUUCUCAUACUCCGAGGCUCUUCAUGUAGGUCUUAUUGAUCCAACAUCAGGGAAAGUCAGAGAUCCAAAAACUGGUCAACUACUUACGUUAAAAGAAGCUGUCAGUAGAGGAAUUGUUGAUAUUGAUAAACAAGCGAUGAUAAGUCUUACUUUAGAUAGACCUGUGACUCUGAAGGAAUGCUUCAAUAGGGGAUUAAUAGACAGCAAUACUGGUCGUGUCAAUUAUCCAAAAUGUCAGCAACAAAAUAUCAUAUUGGGGUCACAGUUUAGGUCACAAUUCUCAAAACCAGGCCCUUUGAAUCUACUAGAUGCAGAAAAAGCACAACUUAUUGAUGAAAGAGGACAGUUAUUGGAGCCAAUUUUGGGAGAGAGGAUAACAAUUCAGGAAGCUGUAAAUCGUAAUAUUGUUGAUGGAAAUUUGGUUCUGAUAGUUGAUGAAGCCUCUGGAACCAAACUGCCACUGAAGACAGCUUUACGACAAGGAAUUAUAGAUGGGAAAACUUGUGAAGUGACAAACACUGCCACUGGAGAAGUAGUGCCACUGUCAUCUGCUAUACAGCAAGGACUUGUUGUUGACUCACUGGAUCAGAAGAGAGGAACAGUUAUGGAUUCAUCCACUGGAGAAACUGUUCCCAUUGAACAAGCAAUACUUGAUGGAAAGCUGCGCUCUGAUGAAGUCACUAUAUUGGAUUCAAGAACUGGUGAAAUGAUUUCUCUGGAUUCAGCAAUGAAGAAAGGACUGUUCGAUAGGAAAUCUGGGAAGAUUAAAGAUUCUAAGACUGGAGACAAAAUGACUGUUCAGGAUGCACUGAAAUUUGGACUACUAGCCGUCGUUGGAGCACCUAUUUUGGCAGGGAAAGUAGUCUAUGAUGCUGUAAAAAGUACAAAGACCAAGGGACCUGUUAUAAAAGAAGUUACAGAAAUAAAAUCUAAAGGCCCAAUUAUAACAGAUGUGACAGAACAGGAAACAAAUAAGACUGAAACAAUUGGAAAAUUUACAUUGAAUGGGGAAGGUGAACCCCAAACUACUAUUAUAUACGCUAAACCUGGAGAUCGUAUCAAACCUACAAUGAAACUUCCUACUCUUCAGAAAAAUGAACCUGAUUUAAAUGGACCUGAAAGUUUUGUGGUAAGUCCUGACAGAAGUAGAUUUUCUCAGAGUAGUACUUCUGAGACGCUAGAUAUUUCUCAUUCUUCGCUGCAUGUAAAGCCUACUAUGGGUGUUUCAUUUUCUUCUGAGGUUGAGGGAUCUUCUUUUUACAAGCCCUCCUACCCUUUAUCCCCUCCUUCCUCAUUGGUGAAUGGUGACUCCAAACCUUAUGGCAGCAGAGUUUCUGAUAGUAUUUCUGAACAGACAAUAACUAAUACAAGCUUUACAAGUUCUCCAUUUAUAUCUAAGGAUAAUCUGACUAUUGAUUGGAAUGCUGGAAAGGUCAUCAUGAGGUCAACUGGAGAAGUAAUGACUGUACCUCAAGCAGUACAGAGAGGUCUUUUGGAUUCUGAUACAGUAGAGGAACUAGCAGAAUCAGCUGAUUUACAAUCCAAAACACCAGCCAUAGAUGUUAACUGGGAUGAAGGAACCAUUACUCUCAAGGAAACAAGGGAAGUUAUCUCAAUUGAUGAAGCAGUAAACAGAAAAUACAUUGAUUUAUCAACUGCGCAAACAUUAUCAAUGGUGGUAGGAAAAAUGCAUGAUGUUGAAACUAAACAACCAAAAAUGCUUUCACAAGUAAAAUUUUCUCCUGUAGAAUCAAAGACUGUCUUUCAUGAAACAAAAGUCACUACUGAGGAACAGAAAUCAGGAAGUUUACCUAGAUAUAGUUCAUCAUCGAAAAUUUUACUGAAAGGAGAAAGAGAGCCUGUAUCACUAAAUGAACUUGUUUCUAAUGAUAAAAAUGUCACACUUAAAGGGAAGAUUUCUGUUCCAGGAAAACAUAAACCUAUUACUGUUCAGAAAGCUAUUGAGGAAAAGUUAAUAGACAUUGAUAAUUCUAGUGUUUUAGAUCCCAAAACAGGAGAUCUAAUUUCAUUGAAUGAAGCAAUCAGGUGUGGAAUAUUUGACCCUGAAACAGGAAAGCUGAAGCAUACUGGAACCGGAGAAAAGAUUACAUUAAGAGAAGCCUUUUAUGAAGGUCUGAUACCACAACCAGGAUUUAGUGUUACUACUUAUCGUGAAGUUCAAAGUGAGAUCGUUGAUCAUCACUACUCCAUAAGCGAUGCCAUAGACCAAGGAAUGGUGGAUGAGAGAAGUGGUACAUUCAGAGAUCCAAAAACUGGAGAAGUUAUGUCAUUAGGUGCAGCCAUAUAUGAAGGUUAUAUCAGCCCUCCAACUUCACCUCACAGAGAAGUUGAUCGUGCUGAAUAUAAAUUCACUAAAAGUUCACCUGUCAAAUUACGUCCAAGAUCAAAGGAAAAACCACCAAAAGAAAAUCGUUUGUCAUUCUCUCAAGCCUUGAACCGUGGCCUGAUUGAUGUGGAGAGUAGUAAAUUUACUGAUCCCUCUACUGGUUCUAGAAUUGCUGUUCUAGAUGCUAUUAGGAAACAGUUGAUUGACCCUGACGACGAAGUGCAGGAAACACCAGAGGGCUUCACUCUGACAGCUGCAUUAGCUGAAGGUGUAUUUGAUGACUCGACAGGUGAAUUUACUGAUAGAAAAACAGGAAGAAAGCAUAGUUUACAAGAAGCCAUUCGUUUGGGAUUUAUUAGUGGGGAUAGCAGUAUUUAUGAUGUAAAAUCAGGAAAAAUGAUGACUCUCACUGAAGCAUUGAACAUGGGAAGAAUUGACCCCAAAUCUGGAAAAUUUAUCAGUAAAGACUCUUGUAUCAGAAUUUCAUUGAAGGAUGCUGCUAAAAUGGGUCUUGUUGCAUUUGUCGGUGCUCCCAUUUAUGGAGCUAUGAAAGUAAAAGAUUACUUCACCAAAGAUAAGCCUGUAUCUAAAACAUUAUCAGUAUCUCUAGACAAGUCUGUACCAAUUGAUGUGCAGUCUACUGUCGUAACUCGCACUGGUCCUGAUAAUUUAGAGAUUACAGAAUAUAAGCACAAAAAAAACAGAGAUGGAGUGGGUGACUCUGAUAUCUUAGAAUCAUCAGAAAAAGUUUCCUGUAAAGUUGAUAUUCGUGGUGUGAGAGAUUCAGCAGGAAGGAAGGAUGUCAGUCUUGAUCAGGCUAUUAGGUCAGGCAUUAUAGACAUACAACAUGGCACAUAUAAGAAUUCGCUGACUGGUCAAGAAAUGAGCAUAAAAGAGGCUCUAGAUUAUGGGUUCAUUGAUGGAAAGGUUAUGGAUAGUGUGACUUUGAAAGAACAGACUUCAAAAUCUGGUGUCAGUGCUGAUGUCAUGUUCUCAGAAAAGAAGAGAAUGUCCAUUGUAUCAGUUAUCGAUCCAAAUACAGGACAAGAGCUGAAGUUACAUGAUGCUGUUCAUAAAGGGGUCAUUGAUCACGAUGGUAAAACAUACUUUGAUGAUGAACAUGGAAGAAUCAUACCCAUCAUGGAUGCUGUCAAUCAAAAACUUGUCAGAGUUAAAGAUGUAGAUUCUGAGAUGAAAAGCACAGAGCUGUAUGGAGAAUCCAAAGAAGAUACAAUUACUCAAGUGAAAACAUUAAAGAUAAACACAGUUGUUGACCCAGCUAGUGGUCACAGUCUCAGUCUUCAGGAUGCUGUCAAGAGAAAUAUCAUAGAUCUACAUGCUGGUGUAAUAGUGAAUUCGAAUACAGGUGAAGAAAUACCAAUCAGUGAAGCUUUGAAAAUGGGAUUAGUCAGUGGAGAAAAAUCUUCUAAUACAGAAACAUUUGAAACAACAAGUCCUGACACACUCCAUCUCAAAUCUGUAUUUGAUGCUGAUCAGGGACAGUUCAUUCCAGUCAAACUUGCCAUAGAAAUAGGCAUCAUCAACCCAAAAACUGGACGUUAUAAAGAAAAAGAUGGAAGCUCUAUUCCAAUAACUGAGGCUGUUCAUGAAGGUAAAAUAAAAGCAGAUCAGAAAAUGGUACGAUCACCAUCUUCAGCAGAAGUCAUAACUGAAAGACGUACUUUUAACAUUCAAACAAUAGUUGACCCUAGAAGUGGACAAACCAUACCAGUGCCUCAAGCUGUUCAAAGUGGAAUUUUGGAUUUGAAAUCAGGAAUAGUCACAAAUACUCAAACAGGAGAAAAAUUAAGCAUACCUCAAGCCAUUAAACGUGGGUAUGUGCGAGCUGACUCUGUAUCUGAAGAAUUAGAAGGUCUUGAUGGCAGCAAACCUAUCAAUAAUGUCAAGUCGGUUAAAGAUCCAAGGACAGGAGAGUGGCUGUCAGUAGAAGAGGCAGUUAAUAGAGGUGUUUUAGAUGGUGGGCUAUGUAAAUACCUGGACAAACAUACUGGUGAAACACUGGAGCUUGAGGAUGCUGCCAGGAGGGGUUAUGUCCAGUUAGAACAGACAUUCCCUUUUGUGACUACAGUUAAACGAGACUCCAUGACAGUCAAAGCUGUCAUUGAUCCUAAAACUGGUACCAAGAUCCCACUACAGGAGGCCAUCAGGAAAGGAAUAUUUAUUCCAGAUAAAGGAAUUGUUAUUAAUCUGAGAACAGGAGAGAGACUACCAUUGUUAAUGGCGGCAGAAAAAGGUCUGGUAGAAAUAGCAGCUGGUAGUUCAGAAAACAUUGUAACUGUAGGAGAUACCAUGAUUACUGAAGUCAAGGAUCCAUUUACUGGCAGAACUAUGUCACUUGAUGAAGCUCUGAAACGAGGUAUUGUAGACAAAGAUAAACAUGUCUACUAUGACCCUAAGACAGGAGCAUCAAUGCCACUGGAGGAUGCUCUAAAGAUUGACCUGAUUAAGGGAGAAAGUUUACAACAAAAUGGAAAUGUUGACAAGGAAACCAAAGAUGUGAAGCAAAUUAAUGUCACAGGCGUGCUUGAUUCAUCUACAAACAGACAGCUGACAGCUGACCAAGCUAUACAAAAAGGUAUCAUUGAUGCUGAUAUGACAAAAUAUUAUGAUGCAAAGACCCGGACAUUUAUACCCAUGGAACAGGCUUUACAGGCUGGUCUAGUAUCUGGUGUUGUUCAGACAAUUAAAACAGUGCAGACAAAAGUUAAAUCAGAAAAACCAGCAAUUACAUACAAUAUAUCCAAGAUCAUGGAUACAUCUCAAGGUCAAAUGAUUGAUGUAGCUGAAGCUAUAAAUAGAGGAGUACUAGAUGCAAAGGGUAACUACAAAGACACUCGCAGAGGAGAAACGAUGCCAUUAUCUGAUGCAAUGAAGAAGGGAAUGGUAUUAGCCACAGAGGUUGAUGGUAAAAUAUCAAUGUCACCUGCCAAAGCUACAGAGAACUACACAUUUAAUGAGGCACUUAGAAGAGGUUACAUAGAUGAAGAAAGAGGUUUGUUUACACAUCCAAAGACUGGAAAGAUUUACACUGUUGAUGAAGCUGUUAGAGCAGGCAUGAUUAUUUCAUCCACAUCUCAGCCAUAUGAAUAUUCCAGUCCAAAAGAAGAUGGGACAACUAUGUCAUUUCAGCAAGCUUUUCAACACGGAAACAUUGAUCCAAAAAACGGGCAAUUCGGAGGCAGGGACAGGAGAAUCCCCAUGUCUAUUGAAGAAGCACUUCAAAGGCAGUUCUUGUCUCCGGUAACCAGACAAAACACACAACAAGGGGGAUCAGUAGUGUUAUUGAAAGCAAGCCCUCACACAGCAGAUAGAGGAGCUGUUGUUUACACAGACAUAGUUGAUACAAAGAUACCAAUAGAUCAAACUAGUUAUGAUGAACAAGUUACCAUGACUACCACAACUAUACCUGGUAAGAGUGACGAAUACAAAAAUGAGCCUACAUUGACUGUUAGUGAAGCCUUUAAAACUGGGAAAAUUGAUUUGGAAACUGGAACAUACAAAUACCCCAAUACAGGGGAAAUAAUGUCUGUUGAUGAAGCUGUGAUUUGUGGCUUCUUGUCAAUAGAUAAAGCAGAAAUGAUUGAUGAGCAUAUUUACCAAAGCAAUGAAAAAUCACCUAUUUCCAUAUCAGAUGCCAUAACCCAAGGACAGAUUGACUUUGAUAAAGGAACCUUCAAUGACUCUCAAUCUGGAGAUGUAAUGAGUCUCCAUACAGCUCUACAAGCUGGUUUCAUUCAACCCAAGGUCACUUCUGAUAAUGAACUAAUUACAACUUCAGUAGACCAGUAUACAGUAGUUAAAGAAGGGUCACCAUUUGCACCAAAAAUGGAUGUUAAAGUCAUAAAUGGUGAAGUGAUUUCAACAACAUCAACUGAAAUUCAAAUCACAUCUGGAAGUGCUACAUAUGUCACUAAACCUGGAUUUAUGGUGGAUUCUAAGGGCAAAGUCGUAAACACAUCCACAGGAGAUAUAAUGUCCUUAUCUGAGGCUGCAGCUAAAGGUCUUAUCUUCACAGAAAGUACUGUAAGUAAAUCAGAAAUAAGAUUUGCUAAAGGUAAAAUACCGUCCUUAGAAACUGAGCAACAGACUCAACCUGAGAGUACAACAUUCUUCACAAAGCCUGAGUAUAAAGUGGAUUCUAAAGGCAAGGUAGUGAACACAAAAACAGGUGAUAUAUUACCAUUGUCCGAGGCACUAGCUAAAGGUUUAGUAUUUACUGAAUCUACUGCACUUACAACAGAUUUACAUGUAUCUGAAGGAAAAGUCAAGCAGCCUCUUGUGAAGGCUGAUGUUACAUUUGUCACUAAACCUGGGUUUGUAAUAGACUCUACAGGAAAGGUAACACAAACAACAACGGGUGAUUCAAUAACUCUACCUGAAGCAAUAAAGAGGGGUUUGGUGUUUACUGAAACCACCACACCUACAAAGGAUCUAUUUAUCUCUGAGGAAACAAUGGCUCCAUCUGUUGUGGAACAACAAACUGUUAAGCUACGAUCUAAACCAGUUAAUGGUACAGCUGUAGACCACAAAGCUGAUGAAUUUGAUAGUGGUGUGAAAGUGACUGGUAGAAGAUCUUUGGACCGUUCCACUCCUUUUGAUGAGGUUGGUGCACUGGAAAAUGAUACAUCAAAAGAACAAGGAGGAAGUCCAGUUAAAAAACAAAUCUUUUCAUUGGUUGAGUUAUACAACAGGGGGUUGUUUGAUCCAAACACAGGACUUGUUACCGAUCCAGUUACAGCUUCCAACUUUUCUCUUGGGGCUGCUGUAAAACAUGGACUUGUUGAUGCUGUUAGCACAGAAGUAAAAUUCUUAGACACAGGAGAUUUUAUGGAUCUUGAUUCUAUUCUUGAAUCUGGAAUGCUUCAAGAGCAAAAACUUCAAGUUGAUUCAAAUACUGGAGAAAUUUACAUUGGGUCAAGUGCUGAAAAGAUCAUGAUUAAUCAGUUGAAAAUGAAAUGUGAAGGGAGACGUUUGAGUCAGCCAAUCAGAUCUUUCCUAAUGAGUGAAAAUCGUAAAUUAGAUUCAGAAACAGUAGAGGAUAAAAUUAUAAUUGACAGUGCAACAGGACAUAAAUUAACAUUCAAACAGGCCUUAGAUUGUGGAAUAUUAAAAGUGAUAGAUGAAGGAUCCUUUACUAGUGGUGAAAUGUCAGAUCGGUGUUUUGUCCGUGAUACAAUAAAUGAAAAAUGGUGCUCAUGGAGCAAAGCUUUAACUCUGAAUAUUGUAGUUGAUAGUGAUACAGAAAUUGAUUUGAGGAAGUUAUCAAAACAAAGCAAACAUGUUUCUUUUGAGGCUGAUAAGCUAUUGUCUAGUUCAAGUGAUAAUUUCUCACGUGAAAAACGUAAACAUUCAAUUGAUGUGUGUUUAAAAGCAGAUCUGCCUGUGACUUUAGAUGCUGUGAUUGACAGUGGAUUAUAUGUUCCAAUCAAAAAUACUGUAACCAAUAUAGAAACAGAUGAAGAGGUAUCGUUUAGUGAAGCACUUGAACUUGGUCUGAUUCACAUAGACUCUUUAGUUCGUGAUCCAGUCAGUAAGGAUAUAUUAACUCUUGGUGAAGCUAUUGACAAACGUAUUAUUGAUCCUGUAUCGGGCAGAAUGAUGUUAUCAUCAGGGCUUCCAAUUGCACUUAACUUUGCCUUAAGUAAAGGUCUUGUUGUUAGAUGCAAGUCACCAUAUCAGCUGACAUUGUCAGAGGUUAUAGAAGAAGGACUUUAUUCUAAAGACAAGGAAAAAUUCCUAUCACCAGAUAAUGAAAAUGAGCUGGCCUUUUCUGAAGCAAUAUUUUCUGGUAUGUUAGAUUCUAGCUUGAUUCGUGUCAGAGAUACAAAGGAAGGCACUAUUCAUGAGUUAGAUGUAGCGCUCCAGAAAGGACUUAUAAAUAUUACAUCUGGAAGGUGUGUAGACACAGUCUCUGGGAAUGUUCUCUCAUUACUUGAUAGUAUUGAAAGAGGAAUAUUGAUUGAUUUGUCUAACCAGCCAAAGUAUGGAGUUAUGGAUAUUAUUGAAGAAGACUUGAUAGAGGAGGAUGGGGCUUUUGUUGAUCCUGGAACUGUAAACCCAGUAUCAUUACAAGCUGCUAUAGACAGUGGUCUCAUUGAUAGAACCGCUUUCUUAGUUCGUAACUUGCAGUACCAAACAUUGGUGACACUUGAUGGUGCAUUAGCAGAGAAUAUUAUUGACCCUCACACUGGAAAAUAUAAGUGUUCUGAUAAAAAGAGCAUUACAUUUACAGAAGCUGUUUCUAAGGGAUAUAUUGUACAAAAUUUAGGCAGUACUGACUUAAAUCUUGUUGAUGCUAUACAUCAAGAUGUUUAUAAUCCUAUCCAGAGGAAAUUUACUGACCCAAGGACAGGAGAAAUUCUCAACUUUCAUGAGACCAUUAAAUCAAAAUUAAUCAAAUGUGAAGAUAUUCUUGUCAAAAAUACAGAAACAAAUGAAAUAGUUCCAUUUAAUGAUGCCACUGUCUCAGGACUUGUAAACAUUGAGGAGUGCAUCAUUCAUGAUAUUUUAAGUGAUGAGUUUUAUGAUUUGAAAUCAGCAUUGGACAAAGGCUUACUACAUCAGGCAAUACACUGUCCUGGACUAGGACUUGUUGAAGCUGUCAGGUGUGGUAUCUAUGAUGUUGACUCCAAAGAAGUCAUAGACAAAGUGUCAAAAAUGUGUAUAGAUAUUAAACAAGGAAUAGAGUUUGGAAUUAUUGAUUUAUCACAAACGUUAGUCAAAGAUGUUAAAUUGGACACAUUUGUACCAUUGGAUGUUAGCUUUAAUGAUACAUUCUCAAGGUCAGAGAAGAGAACAAUAUAUUCUGAUGACCUUGACAUAGGAGAGAAAAUCAGUGGAGAUCUUAUAGUGGAUAUUCCAUCUCAUGGAUUUACAAUACCCCAAAUAGUCAAAAUGGGUCUAUACAACAAAGAUACAAAAAAGAUAAGUGACCCGAGAAAUAAUCUAAGAAUGACAUUGUCUCAGGCUAUUGUAUGUAAAUUUGUAGACGAUAAAAACACUAAAGUGAUUCUAAUUGACAAAGGUGUAGUAUCUCUGAAGGAUGCUAUAAAGUGUGGGGUCGUUGACCCAGAGACAUGUUACUAUAUGGAAAACUUGUCACCUCAUGAUACAGUUUCAAUGGGACUAAUUAUUGAUAGUUUUGAGGAUGAAAUUCGACCAAUUUUGUCUACAGUAGACACACUUCUGAAAGACUCAAAAAUAAAUCAGUAUUUGGAAAUGAGACAGAUACUAGAAACAAGCAUGUCAUCACAGACUGAACAAAAUAGACGCAGACAUUUUACUCAGCCACAGUUUGGUAUUCAGAGGGCUGUUGAACAAGGAAUAUUUGAAAAACAUCGCUGUACCUUUCAUGAUCCAAGAACUAAUAUGUCUGUUACCCUAGGUGAAGCUUUGAAAACAGGACUGAUACAUAGGAUAAGGUCACGAGUAAAAAACCCAGAAACUGGAAAAUUUGUUUCAUUGUCUGAAGCUGCGGACAAAGGAAUUAUUAGUGAUAAAACAGCAUCUAUGCUGGAUAGGAAACAUAUGAAGACAUUCCCACUAGAAAAAGCCAUUGAGGAACAUAUGGUAUUAGAUGUACCUUUUACAAGAGUUACAUUAGAUGAAGCUGUGCAUUAUGGACUACUGAACAUGCAUACUCUUCGUAUGCAAAGUAUGACCAGUGAUGAUCGUGUGCCAUUAUCAGAAGCUAUAUUAUCUGGGCUAAUUGACAAUGAAGAAACAUUGAUUAAGGAUCCUGUUGACAAUACUAUAAUGAUCUUGACUCAAGCUGUAGAUAUGGGAAUAUUUAUCCCACAAACAGCACAAUUAAAAUGUGGAAAUGAUCAAACUAUGGAUUUAGUAACAGCUAUAGAGAAGGGAUUUAUUUUGAAUGGUAGAAGUCUUUGUAACAUUCUGAAAGUAUCUAACUUGAGACAAAGAUCCUCAGAGAGCCAAUCUUCCCCAAAAAAUGUUCAUACAGAAAGAGAAAAGAUUAUAUCACAAAUCUCUUUCAAGAAGCCAAUUAAAUUUGGAGAAGCACUUCGUCUUUGUUUGAUAAAUACUGACACUAUGGACUUUACCCUACAUGAUGAUAAAUCAACUCUUCUAGAGGCCAUUGAUAAAGGAACUGUGGAUGUAGAUAAUGUCUCUUUUUAUGAUGAAACUUCUGAUGAAAGGAUUCCUUUGACCUUGGCAUUAAAAUCAAAUAUGAUUGGUACAGGUGAUCAGUCUUUACCAGAAGGGAUUAGUUUUAAAGCAGCAUUAGAUAAAGGACUAUUGGUUGAGAGGUUGACUCCAGCCAUUAGUAAUGACCAAUUGGAAAAUGAAGAAAGUGAAUGGCAGAAAACUUCAAAGGGUAUCACCAUAGAUACACUAAUAACAUCGGUCUCACAAGAAAGUUGUAGAAUAGGAACUCUUUCAAAUGCCAUUCAAAAAGGUUUGCUUGAUGAUAUAACUGGAAUGAUAAAAGAUCCUUUCACUGGUAAACUUCUUACAAUUCAGGACAGUAUACAGAACCAUCUGAUCAAUGCUGGAGCCAAAGAAAUUUUAUUUGGUGACAAAGUGAUAUCUUUGUAUGACGCUAUUAGUGACGGUGUAAUUGACCCUGUUCAUGGGAAGUAUUUAGACAAUGGAAUAUGGAAACCUAUCACAUCAGAAUAUGUUAGCAGAAAUAUUAUACCAGCAGCAUCAGCAGAUCAAGUAGAUUCCAAGAGUUCGGUUGAAAUUUACGUUGAAGAGAUCUUAUCAAGUGAUCAGAACAGAAUCAAGCUGAGAGAAGCGUUCUCAUCUGGGAUUUUAAACCAAUCAAAUUCCAAAGUCAUUGAUCCUGAUACGAUUCAGCCAAUUACAUUGCGUCGGGCAGCUAGUUUGGGGAUGAUUGAUGUAAACACUGGAGAUUUUAAAAACCCACAAUCUGGUGACACAAUAAGUUUAGCCGAAGCUGUGGAAAAAGGAUUCAUCCUUUCACCAAAAGGCUUAAGUUUGUACAGUGCUGUCAACCAGGGACUUUAUGAUGGUGAAAAUAGAAAAUUUGUUGACCCUAGCACAGGGAAGGAGCACUCCUUACGUGAAAUGAUUGAGAUGGAAAUAGUUACAUCACAGUGCCAAGAAAUUCGUGAUUUAGCUAGAGAAGGUAUUAUCAUUACCUUACAGAAGGCCAUAGACAAAAACAUUAUUGAAUGGAAUGAGAAUGUAUAUGUUAAUCUAAUGAACGACAAAGUCUAUAGCUUCAAUGAUGCAAUAGCUGCUGGUUUGAUUGUUAGUAAUAUUCCUAGGGAAGGAUUACGUGAAAGUCAGAACAGUGAUGUACAGUUCCGUGGUCCUAGUCCUCACAGUUUUGAACAUUCUAGAUAUAAAUACCUGGCAGAGGCUCCUAUGGGGCCAUUACUUAACAGACCUCUUAAUUUGGGAAAUCGUUCCCGUGGAAGUAGUUCAUCAGAUUUAUCAAAUACAGAUUCAUCGGGAACUGACAAAGAUGGAUUGUCAUGGUUACUGCCUCUGUCAUCAGAUGCUAUCAGAGAGAUCAUAGCAACAGCAAAGAAUAGAAAGGAGUCGUCCAAGAAAGAUGAAAAUGAUGGUUUUAAAACAGAGAAAGAUGAAAUUGUUUCUGAUGUUAAAGAUGAUGCUUUCGAGGAACCUGACAGUGCUGAUGAGAAGCCCUUACUAGACAGUAAAGCUGGCAAACCAAAACAGAAACAGGACUUAUUGAGGACUGUAUUGGAGAGUAAAAUGACAGCUGUACGGAAGGGUCGAUUAGUGGAUUCCUAUGAUAAACUUGGUCAGGACCUAAACAAUGAACUAAAUUGGCUGUCGGAUGUUGAACAGCUUCUUAGAGAUGAUCAUCCAAUUAGUGAUGACCUGGACAAGGUUAAAGGUCAACUACAAGCUCAAAAGGAUCUUAUCUUAGACAUACAACAACAUCAACAACCAAUAGCAGCUCUGAUUUACCAGACUGAACAGCUACUAGAGAACCACGAGGAAGAGCUAACCCCAGAACAGGUCACAGAACUUCAAAAUCUCACAUCAAAUCUCAAGUCAAACUUUGCUAAAUGUCAGAAAACCUCAAGUACACGACUAAAACAUCUGACCACAGCCUCUGAUGAACUGGCCAAACAUGAGGCAGAGCAUGAAAAGUUCUUAGAAUGGGUUGUCACAACAGAUAAUGACCUGAGAGCUCUGGAAAUAGAAGCUCGCAAUCUGGACAGUAUAAAACAAGUUACAGACAAACAAAUGAAAAUGAUGAAUGACAUAAUAUCCCACCAAGCUGACACCAGAUUCUUGACAAUGACAGUACAGAAAUAUAUGGAGGAAUCAAAGCUGCAUAAACUGGAAGUAGAUGCCUUUAAAGCUAAUCGUAGAAAGACUUCCCGUCUCAGCUGGAUAGGAAUGGAGGGCAUGGAUGCUGAAACCGUAGCUGAGAGGUUAAAGGAUACAACUACAAGAUAUGAUGAAGUAAAGUUAAGAUGCAGCUCAUUUGGUGACAAACUAUCUUCUGUUUCUGCUAAACAGAGAGAAUUCAAUGACAGCACAUUUAAAUUGUUAUCUUGGUUGACUGGUACCGAAGAAAAACUUUCAGAUUUAAGACAGGAACCAGGUUCUGUUGAUUCUGACAACUUUCAAAAUCAGAUGGAAAUGAUGAAAUCCUUAAGUAGUGAUGCAAUAGCACAUAAGUCACAAUUAGAAGAAUUAGAAAAAUCUUCCCGAGAACUGAUAGCUGAUCUGCACAGUCUGGCAAUUGAGACUUCCGAUAUAGAUGGGCUACAAGAAAUCAUAUCAGAUAUCAGUGAUCGACAAGAAGAAGUUGUAGCAGAAAUUCAUGAAAGGACAAAUAAUUUACAAACCGCUCUUACAAAGUCACAAAAUGUUGAAGAUGCUUUGGACAAUAUGUUGACAUGGUUACGUGACACUGAGGGUGCAUUGAACAAUCAAAGACGCGCAAGUCUCAGUCGUUAUAACUUGAAUGAACAAUGUCAGAAUUUAGAUCUAAUCAAAGCCGAUAUUGACAGUCACAAACCUAGUAUAGAAGCUAUCAGAAAUGAAGCUAAUGAACUGAUCAAAACUUGUGAACUUGACACUGCUAAAACAAUAGAGGCCAAAGUUGGCAAUCUUGAAGCACAAUUCCAUACUGUGCAGAAUAAAUGUAAAACCAGAAAUAAGGACUUACAAGAGCUUUCAGAAACUUUGGAAGAAUUUCAUGACACACUUGAUAAGUGUAAACACUGGAUUGCAGGAAAUACUACAACAUUAGAAGAUCGGGAAUGGAAUAAAAAACCAGUAGAAACUGUUAAAGACAUUGUUGAAAAAGUAACCUCUGAAAAAGAAGACAAACAAAAGAUCAUUGAGGAAUUAAGAUCUCUUGGCCAAGCUCUGGUAGAAGAUUCUAGAACUGGAGAAGUUGGUGCUGUCAAGGAAUCUCUGAGUGAUUUAGACAGACGGUGGCAUGAAAUGGUGGCAUUGCUAUCUGAACGUGAACAAGAGACACUAGAGAAAGACAGACAAGGAAGUGAAUAUGAAACAAUGAAAAAGAAUGUAGUUGAUUGGUUAACUAAGGUGGAGAACAAAGUCGAUGGAUUUGAACCUGUGGCUGUAGAUGUUGAUAUAGCUGAAAACCAAAUAGAAGAAUUACAGCCUAUGUUACAACAAUACCAACAAUAUGCUGAAACUGUUGAUGAAGUAAAUGACCUUGGGGCAGCUUAUGAUAACCUUCAAAACCCAGAUACUAGACCUAGUAGUCCAUUCAGAAAGAUUAUGAGAGGCAGAAGAUUAUCCAGUCUAAUGUCACCAAGAGUCCGAAGUCCAUCCCCAUCAUUUACUUAUCCAUCCUCACCAUCACCUAAUGUAAUCAGUCCUGCUAGUGAUUCUAGUGGAUUCAGUAGUAAAAAGAGUUCCAGUGACAACUUUAAUCUAGAAGAUUUGACAGAAAUCCAACAAGAACUGGUUGACAUUAAUCAUCGUUAUGACCUUCUUGGUGACCGACUGGCAGAUCGUCACCAAGAGCUACAGAACAUGUUGUCAAGUACCAAAACAUUCCUACAGGAUGUGAAUGACCUUAUGACUUGGGUUGAUCUUAAGGAACUGGAUGCCAGCCUGUCUCCUUCCUUACCUACAAGUGAAAGGGAGGCUAAGAAACAGUUGAAACUUCAAGAGACUCUACAUAAAGAAUUACUUGAGAAAGAGGCUCUGAUUGAGGACAUCAGAAACAAAUCUCAAGAACUGAUGAAGACCAAGAAAGGUGUCCCAGGAAUGGAUAGGGUUCAACAACAGUUUGCAGAAUUAGAUGACAAAUGGUUGGAUGUAAAGGUUGCCUCAGAACAACGUAGAAAAGCCUUAGAGGGAAUGGUAUCAGACAUCAGAGACUUCAAGGAUGCUGGUGUACAUCUACAGAAAUGGAUAGCUCAGAAAGAGAAAAUGGUGGCAGUACUGGGACCAGUAGCUACAGAACCAUCCCAGAUCCACAACCAACAAGAACAAAUUAAAAUCUUGAAAGAGGAAGUGGCUGGACAGGAACCAACGUAUGAACGUUUAAUCCAGAGUGGACAUAGCAUCCUGGACAAAUGUCAACCAGACUCCACAGAUGCUGCUCAUAUCAGUGAGAAGAUGGCAGUUAUCAGUAAAGGGUGGGACCAGCUCAGUUCACGACUUGGUGACAGAGAUAAGACACUUGUUGCAGUCGAGGGAAUGAGUGCUGAAUUUAAUGAAACAUUGCAGUCACUACAUGACUGGUUGAAUGACUACACGGAAAGAGUUGAUGGAGUAAAUACUCAACCCACCAAUCCAGAGGAACACCAAAGACAGAUACAUAGAUUACAGUCAUUGGAAGGUGAACUUGUAAAUCAGCAGCCGUUACUGAGCAAACUGAAGGAGCUUGGUAAGAAGGUUGGUGACAAUACCAAAGAUCUUAGUACUAAAUCUGAACUGAAGAACAAAAUAUCAGCCAUAGAGAAACCAGUCACAGAAAUGGAAUCUAUACUUGCUGCAAAGAAGACCAGUAUAGAACAAUCGAGUCAAGAAGGAGAACAGUUCCAAGAAGGUUGUCAGGAAAUACUGGACUGGGUAUCUGAUCUCCGUGGUAAAAUACAGAAACAACCACCUGUGUCUGGUAACCUUGACCUCCUGAGAGAACAAUCUCUACAACAAAAGUUGAUCACACAAGAUAUCCAAGAGAGAGGUACUGAGGUAAGAGAUAUCCUUCGUAAAGGUAACAAAUUACUUGACACAUUGCCUCCAUCCAGACAUGCUAAAGAAUUAGCUGAGAAGUUAGAAGACAUUAAAACAGAGUGGGAGGAGUUAAACAGACAGGCCUUACAGAGAUCACAGCAGAUCGAGGCUAGUCAGAAACAUGGCCAGAACUUCCAGGAACAGCUUGACAAGAUAUUGAUGUGGCUGAACAUUGAUAAUGAAAAACUUGCUAAUAUUGUACCAAAAAGUUUAGAUAAAGAUGUGGUGGCAAAGAAACUCAAGGAUGCUCAGGCACUGCAGACAGAUAUUCUUAAACAUUCCCAUGACCAUGACAAUUUGAACAGAGAGGGCCAGUCAUUGGUUGGAUUAGUUGAUACAGAUCAAAGUCAUGUUACCGACUCCUUAUUUGAUGCCAACAAACGAUGGGAAAAUCUCAGUCAAGCUGUAGCAGACAAGAUAGAAGAAUUAGAAGACUUGUCUCAGAGACUGGAAGAAUUCCAUGACAACAUGAGAGAAUCAGAGUCUACGUUAGAUAGAUACAAAGAUAAACUUGACAGUCAUCUGAAACAGGGUAGUUCAUCUAGAGAUCCCAAGCACAUAGAUAAAAUUAAGGCAUGGCAAGAAGAUGUAGAUGCCAUCACAUCACAGAUAGAUUAUGCUGAGGCAUUGCUGGAUGGGUUACAAGUCCAAGGGGAUAUCACUGCACCUCUUGUCACCAAUCUAGAGAAAGCUAAACAAAAACACGAUCAGCUCCAACAAGAACUGGCCGAUUUAGUGGAGGAAAUGGAGAGUGGUGCUAUGGUUCUAACACAAUAUCAGGAUCUUGUCCAGAAUGUAGGUUCAGAACUGGCUCAUUUAGAUGCAGAAUUUACUUCACUUGAUCCUAUUGGACGUGAUGAAUCCAUGCUUAGAGGCCAACAGAGGGAAAAUGAGGACUUAGUGGUAGAAAUAGAGGAGUUUGUGUCUAAGCUGUAUGACAUUGAGGCUAAGAUAGAUGACGUUAAACGUAAGACAGAUGGACUCAAAGCAUCGGGUUACCUUACCGAUACUGGUGUUUUAUCUCCUAUGAAACAAAUUCAAAAGCAGUUUGAUAACUUGAAAGACAAGGCAGAAAAACGUAAAGAAGACCUUGAUCAAACAUUCCUUAAAAUGGAAGGUGUUGAUGAUAACCUACGUAGGAUGAGAACUAGCAUUGAUAGAGCCUCAGCAGAGUUAGACAUGCAUGAACCAAUUGGUCAUGAUGUAGAACCAAUCAAAAGACAACAAGAGGAACUUAAGUUAUACCAGAAAUCUGUAUUGGAACCAUUAUUGAAGAGGGUAGAAUCUGUUCAGGGGGAUGCUCAGACUCUUGUACAAACAUCAGCCCCUGGUGUCAAUACCGGAGGCCUGGAAUCAGAUCUAGAAAUUAUGGUUGAUAAGUGGUCAGAACUGAAUGAAAAGGUGCUGGAACGUGAACAUAACUUGGACAAUGCAUUGUUACAAGCUGGUAAAUUCAAUGAUGCUUUAGACUCACUACUGAGUUGGCUUAAAGAAACUGAAGAUAUGGUACAGAACCAAAAAUCCCCAUCCACUGACUACAAAGUGGUUAAAGCUCAAUUACAAGAACAAAAAUUCUUGAUGAAGAUGUUAGACGACAGAGAAAGUAGUGUUAAAUCAGCUAAACAACUUGCUGAUAAUCUAUUGAAAAACCUCGACUCCAGAGAACAAAAGGCUAUACAGAAUCAAUCAGCCCAGUUACAGCAACGAUGGGAUGUGUUACGUCAGAAUGCUGCUAAUCGUUUAGACAAGUUAGAGGACGUGGUUGGAUUAGCUAGGGACUACCAGGAAGUCAGGGACCCUCUGUGUCAGUGGCUAGACAUGACAGAGAAAAAGUUUGCUGCUUUGGAACCAUCAGCAAUGGAUACUGAAGGCAUAGAAAAUAUCAUUACUUCACUAAAGGAUAUGGAAGCUGACAUUGCUAACCAAGAAUACAACUUCCAGAACUUAGGAGAUAAAUCUGACAACUUACAGAAAUAUUGUUCAGGACAAGAUGCUGAUACAUUAGAUAAGAAAACUCAAGGAUUCCAGAGUAGAUUCUCAGAUCUUUGUAACAAAGUCUCAGAUUCUACUGAACAAAUGGAAGAAGCAUUACCUCUUGCCAAAAACUUUAAUGAAGCACAUGCCAAAUUCUUAGACUGGGUCCUUUCAGUAGAACCACAACUAAGAGCCAAGGAAGCCACAGGACCAGAAGCUUUUGAACAAGUACAGAACUUUGUUCAACAGUUACAAGAAAUUCAGCCUGUGAUAGAGACACUGAGUAAUGAUGGUAGCCUGUUAGCUGAGUUGGCUCCUGGUGAUGCUGGACUUAGAGUAGAAGAUACUAUCAAUAAAAACAUGAAACGAUACGAUGCUGUGAAUGACAAUAUACAGAGGAGGUCACAGAAACUUAGAUCAACAAAACAGAGGUCGUCUGAGAUUGUAAAUGAUAUGAAUGACUUGAUAGAAUGGUUUGAUGAUGAAGCUAAAAAGAUCAAAACUGCUGAAUCUGUUAGUAGUGAUCCUGUCAAACUCAACAAACAGAUAGCUGAACAAAAGGCAAUUAAUGACGACAUCAACAGCCAGAAAGCAAAAGCUAGAGAGUUCAUUACCAAGGGUAAAAAGUUGUUACGAGAAUCAUCAUUUGAGGAUGAUCCACAAUUAAGAGAAAGAGUUGAACAUUUAAAACAGAAAGUAGAUGCUGUAGGUAAACUAGGUGUAGACAGAUUGAGUCAGCUAGAACAGACUCUCCCAUUGGCUAAAGCUUUUUAUGAUACACAUCAGGAUCUGGUCACAUGGUUCACAGAAGUUAAUCCUACCCUUGCUGAGUUGGAUGUUAUGUCUAUUGAUGCAGAUCACGUAAAGAGACAACAAGAUCAAGUCAAGGUAUUAAAGCAAGAAGUACAAGACUACAAACCAGUGAUUGACAGACUUAACAAGACAGGAAAUGCCUUGGUCAAACUUUGUGGUGAACAAGAUUGUCUCAAGGUUCAGAAGAUGCUUGAUAAGGACAACAAAAAAUUGGAUGAUAUGCGAAACUCUCUGAGAGACAGAUCAAUGUCUAUUGAUGAAGCUUUGCAGCAAUCAGCUGAGUUUACAGACAAAUUGGAAGACAUGUUAGAGACUUUAGCAACAACAAGUGAACAAGUAGAGAAUGCUGAACCUGUGUCUGCCCAUCCAGACAAACUGAAAGAACAACUGGCAGAAAAUAAGGCAUUGUUGGAAGACAUGGACAUGAGACAGACUGCUUUACAGUCCAUUAAAUCUACUGCUGAGGACCUUAUUAAUCAAGCUGGCAGUGACCAGGAUGAAGCAGUCAAAGAUGUACAACAAAAGUUGGGUGAACUGAUAGAUCUGUAUGAGGGUAUCAAGGAUGCCACACAUUCCCGUACUCAAGCUCUGGAAGAAACACUGGAUGUGUCAGAACGAUUCUGGGAUGACUUACAUUCUCUGGCUGGUACAAUCAAAGACCUACAAAAUGCCAUAAUCCACCAAGAACCUCCUGCUUUAGAACCAGCAAUCAUUCGAGAACAACAGGAUUACAUGGAGGCACUGAAAGAUGACAUUGAAGCAACCCAGGCCGACAUAGAAGAUGUCAGUCAGACAGGGGAACAGUUGGUAUCACUGUGUGGGGUUCCAGAAAGGCCAGAGGUGGAGAAGAAUGUGAACGACCUUCAAUUGACCUUAGGAAAUGUGGCAGACAAGUUUGAGAAGAGAUCUAAAGACCUCGAAGUAGCUCUGACCAAGGCUGUUCAUUUCCAGGAUGAACUGAUGAAAAUAUUAGUCUGGCUGCAGAAGAAUGAGGUUAAAGUGAGAGAGUUUGGCAAUGUUGGAACUGACUUUGAUACCAUCAAAAUUCAGUGGAACCAAGUUAAAGACAUGAAAGCCAAAAUAGAACCAAAGCAAGUUGAUGUAGAAGCAUUAAAUCAGAAAGCCAAUGACCUUGCCAAGGACAGCACUCCAGAACAAGCAGCCAUUGUUAAAGAACCCAUGUCAAGUGUCAACAAAAGAUGGGAUAAUUUACUGGAGGGACUUGGAGAUAGAGAGAGAAAGUUACAGAUGGCCAUGCUGAAUGUUGGUCAGUUUGAACAUGCUCUCAAUGAACUACUUGCCUGGCUUGAUAAAACUGACCAGUCUUUAGAUGAUGCUACUUCAGUGAACGGUGACCACAAAUCAAUAGAAAUAGAACUUGCUAAACUCAAGGUCAUUCAAAAUGACAUCGAUGGCCACAAAGAAAGUGUAGAUUCCUUGAAAGAAGCAGGUGUUCGUGUGGUUGCAAAGGAACCAGGUACUGACUCUCCUGUGAAAAGGAAGCUAAAUGAGAUCAACACCAUGUGGGGCCGUGUACAGGAUAAAUGUAACAACAAAUAUAAACGGCUCAAGGACGCUCUUAGAGAGGCCAAGUCCUUUGCUGGUGAUCUACAAGACACAUUGGCCCAUAUGUCAGAGUUGGAAGAUAAUUUGAUAACAUCAACACCAGUUGGUGGCUUACCUGAGACAGCCAAAGAACAGUUUGAGAAAUUCAUGCAUGUGUACAAUGAACUAGACAACACAGAUAGAAGGAUAGCUAAACUGACAGAAGCUGGAAACAAACUGGCAGCUAAAAAGUCUGACACUGCUGCUAAUAGUAUCAAACAGAGUCUGGCAAUACUACACCAUAGAUGGGAAAAUAUCAGGACUAGAGCUGAGGAUAGAAAAGCUAAGCUAGAGAAUGCUGUAGGACAAGCCAACAGUUUCAGUGAUGACCUUAACAGGUUUAUAGCCUGGUUAACAGACACAGAGAAGACACUAAACAACCUGAAACCAGUCAGUCGUCUGCUUGACAGAAUAGCAGUUCAAAUUGAAGACCACAAAGCCUUACAGAAAGAUGUCAGUAAGAACAGAGAGACUAUGAUAGCUCUAGACAAGACAGGAACACAUCUAAAAUACUUCAGUCAGAAACAAGAUGUCAUCCUGAUCAAAAAUCUUCUGGCCAGUGUUCAACAUCGCUGGGAGAAAAUUGUAUCCAGGAGUGCUGAGAGAACCAGGCAUCUAGAGAAGGGAUAUAAAGAAGCCAAACAGUUCCAUGCAAUGUGGAGAGAGUUACUGGAUUGGUUAAGAGAAGCAGAGAAGACCCUAGACUCUCAUCAUCAAGUAGGAAAUGAUCCAAUCAAAAUAAAGGCUGAGAUUGCAAAACAUAAGGAAUACCAACGAGGGAUUGGUACCAGACAGCCAUUAUAUGACAGUAUCAACAGAUCUGGAAGGACAUUGAAGGACAAAUGUCCAGCAGAAGAUGUCACAGAUAUACAAAAAAUGUUAAUAGAACUGAAAACUAAAUGGAACACAGUCUGUAGCAAAUCUGUUGACAGGCAAAGACAGUUGGAGGAGGCUUUGUUGUUUGCUGGACAGUUUUCUGAAGCAUUACAAGCUCUGUUGGACUGGCUGGGUAAGGUAGAACCUACUCUGGGUGAGGAUCAACCUGUUCAUGGAGAUAUAGAUACAGUCAAUAACUUAAUGGAGUCACAUAAGGCAUAUCAGCAGGAACUUGGUGCCAGAGCAAAUACAGUAGAAUUUGUAAGGAAACGUGCCAAGGAAUUAAUGGAUAAAUCUGAAGGUGACAUGUCACAGCAACAAGCAGAAUUGAUAGAGUUAUCUACCCUGUGGGAUAGGGUUUGUAAGCUGAGUGUCAACAAACAGGAACGACUGGAACAAGCACACAAACUUGCUGAAGAAUUCCACAAGAAAGCCCAAGGACUGUUGGAAUGGCUAGCAUCAGCUGAGAGACAACUAAGAUAUAGAGGUCCAAUACCUGAUGAGGAACCUGCUCUAAUCAAACAUAUAGAAGACCACAAGAAAUUUGAGGAAGAACUAAUGAGACAAGAAGCUCACCUGAGAGAGACAUUGAACAUAGGCCAGGAUAUAAUGAAAAGAUGUCACCCUGAUGCCCUAUCCACACUUAAGCAUUGGCUAUCUGCUCUUAAAGCCAGAUGGGAAGAGUUGACUGGUAUGUGCAAGACCAGAGGUAAGAAAAUGGCUGAAAACCUAUCAACUGUCAGAUCUAAUACACGACUUCUGGAUGAUCUGUUAGCCUGGUUGAAUGGAGCAGAGACAACACUGAUUAAUGUAGACCAGGAACCCAUUCCAGGGGACAUUCAGGUCAUCAAUGACCUCAUCAAAGACCAUCAGCACUUCAUGAAUGAAGUAUCGAGUAGACAGCCUGAUGUUGACCGUUUGAUAAAAGCUGACAAACAAAGAACAGCGUCCACUUCAGAACCAGCAUCAUACAUUCCAGUAUUGAGAAAUACAUCAGGAAGACACACACCUGUCAAACUAACUCCCAGGAAAGACACAGACAGUGGCAGAAGAACACCUGAACCAUCAUUCAGAAAUCCUAGAACUGGUGCCCUGUUUAACAAAUGGCGAGGAGUGUGGUUAAUGACAAUGGACAGACAACGGAAAUUACAGGAUGCUCUGGAUCAUUUGAAUGAAGUCGAAAAAUUAAAGAACUUUAGUUUUGAUCCAUGGAGGAAAAGGUUCUUGCAAUGGAUGAGACAUAAUAAAUCCCGCAUUAUGGAAAUGUUCCGUCGUAUCGACAGAGAUAAGGAUGGAAGAAUAACACGCAGAGAGUUUAUUGAUGCUAUCAUAUCUACAAAAUUCCCUACAAGUCAGUUAGAGAUGGACAUUGUAGCCAACUUGUUUGAUCGCAAUGGCUCUGGAUUAAUUGAUUACAAAGAAUUUGUGUCUGCUCUCAGACCAGAUACACACAAAGAGCUUGAUAAAAAUUUGACUGAUUCAGAAAAGAUCCACGAUGAAGUACAUGAACAGGUGUCGAAAUGUACCUGUGUAAAACAGUUCCGUAUCCACAAAAUAGGAGAAGGAAAAUACAGGUUUGGUGAUUCCCAGAAGUUAAGAUUAGUGAGGAUUCUCCGUAGUACAGUAAUGGUUCGAGUCGGAGGAGGAUGGGUGGCACUGGAUGAAUUCCUCGUCAAGAAUGAUCCUUGUAGAGUGGGACUGCGGAGACGAAUCCGUUUCAAAGUUGCAGUAGUAAACCCAGAGGACCUCACUAAAGGAAGAACAAAUAUUGAAUUGAGAGAACAAUUUAUCCUUGCCCAAGGUGUCAGUCAAUCUAUGACAGGAUUUACAGCUAAAAGUCCAAGUGGCAGUUCUUAUUCUGGUAGCUCUACACAUUCUGCAGGAACAUGGAGCACACGAUCACCAAGUUCUGCUACUGGACCCAUUACCAAGAGGCAUAGGAAAAGGAAUUCCCUUGCUGUUCCAAGGCAGAGGACAAGGAGAGCUCUCUCCGUACCGAGUCAGAGGACAAGGAGAGCUCUCUCCGUACCGAGUAUAAGAGAGAAAACCCAGUACCCAACACCAUGGCGACAACGGAUGAAAAACAGCCCUGACGUUGAAGUACGACAGAUAAUGUCUGGUGAUAGGAUGAGUAAACCUAAAGUCAGCAGAGAUAUCAUGAAAAGCCCAGCUACCCCUGUAAGUCGCAGCUCGAGUAGAGCUAGUACAAGUAGUCGACCACCAAGUCGUGCAGACAGUGAGGCAUCAGAAGCCAGUGAACCAGAAAUCUUUACAACAGUGCAACAAGAGACAAAAAAUCUGGGUGGUCGUAACACCACAACUAUGACAUACCAAACUCAUGUGAUACAAACACGUAGAACUUCAACCCCAACAUCAGCCUCCAAAAAAGUAUCAAAAAUACCAAAACCAUCUCCAGCACGGAAAAAAUAAUUCAUUAUUCAUAUAGGAUGUUUAUUUAAUUUUGCUGCUUUAGUUCUCGUAAAAGCAGACUAUCGGUAUGCCUGUAAUUAUGACAUUUUGUUACCAUGUUACAUGUGAAACCUGCAAAAAAAAGAUGGAAAUACUUAUAAUAUGGGAAAAUUGCUAGGUUAUUUAAAUAUCAAGCUUGUGAUAUUAAGCAUUUAGAUCAUAUUCCAUUGCUGUCAUUAAUUAUAUCUUCAUUAUGUGAUACUAAAUUCCAUAUUUUUGUUAUAUGUAUAUAGUUAUUUAUACACAGAUUAAAGCUUUAUAAUUGUAUAUACUAGAGUAAACAAUUUUUCUAUCUUGUUUGAUGUGGAAGAAAGAAUGCAUGUUAUUAGAUAAUUGUUUUUGAGAUAGUUGAAAUGAUUGGUUACUGUUUGGUGAAGUCUUGAAUUUGAUUGGUGUAUAUUUGAUAAAGGGAGAAACUAUUAAAUUGGUGCUGCUGCUGUUGUUAUUAGAUAUGAAAUCAUUUCUCCCUUUAUCAGAUUUUCAAGUCAAUGAUGCAAAAUUGAGUACUUCAAAUUAUUUCUUCUUUUGCUAAAUAACAGAAAAGUUUAUCAAUCAGUUGACUUUAUAUGUAUUUUGUAAUUUAGCAACAAAUUUUUAUGAUAUGUCUCUGACAUGUCUGAAGUGCUAUAUCAUUCCUAUGUAUGUUGUAUGAAUGGUUACCAUGACUACAGGGUGUGAUUUUUUUUAGUAUGUAUAUAUUAUCUAUAUAUAUAUAUAUGUACUGCCUUGCUAUAUGUAAGCAAGUAAAAGCGACACAAUAAAAGAAUCUCACAUA